AUGAUCCUCUCCCGCCUGCUGAAACACCAACUCUACGUGAAAGCAGAGAAAUGUGAGUUCCAUGUUACCCAUACAAUGUUCUUCGGGUAUAUCGUCAGCCAUAGAGGUGUUGAGAUGGAUGACUCCAAGAUCAAGGCAGUCACAGAGUGGCCAAGACCCAACACUGUUAAGGAGCUACAACGUUUCCUGGGUUUUGCGAAAUUCUACAGGAGAUUUAUCCGCAACUACAGUCUCAUCUCUGCCCCCAUAACAUCUUUGCUCAAAGGAAAUCCAUCCAAGCUACCAUGGAGUGACUCUGCUUAA